ACCAAAUCAUCUUCUCACAUUUCAAAAAAACAAAUUCUCACCCACCGAUCUCAUCAUUCUAUCAUCACAAAAUCAAUAAUAAGCCGCACAGAAGAAGAAGAAGAACUGCAGAGAGAAGAAGAGAGAGAUGGCAACUGCAGCUUCCAGUACUUCAAUGGCGGCCGCCGCCGCCGUCUUCAUCCCCUGCCGCUUCUCAGCAACCACUACCCGUUUCUCCUCCAUGCCUUAUCUUCCUCCCCCACCUCGUUUUUCCACCUUAACUCUCUCUACAUCCUUCAAACAGUCCACAUCAGAUUCAAAAAGGUUUCAAGUAAUCAAAGCCUCUUCUGAAGAUUCUUCAUCUGCAAAUGAUCCUAAUGAACUCUUAAAUGAUCUUAAGGAAAAGUGGGAUGCAGUGGAAAACAAGUCUACUGUGAUUAUAUAUGGUGGUGGAGCCAUUGUUGCUAUUUGGUUAUCUUCCAUUGUUGUUGGUGCCAUCAAUUCAGUUCCUCUGCUUCCUAAGAUCAUGGAGCUGGUGGGUCUUGGAUACACUGGCUGGUUUGUUUACCGUUAUCUUCUCUUCAAGCAAAGUAGGAAAGAACUUGCAACUGACAUUGAUGCUUUGAAGAAGAAGAUAGCUGGAUCUGAAUUGGAUGCGUGUUGUUCCUCCAUACUCCAAAUCCGAUUCAGUAUGUUUAGAAAUUCUGUGGACGUCGUCUGCAUAGAAAGAGGAGGAGGAAGAGGAGAAUAUGAAGAAGAAGCUUUGUGUUUGUUCUUGUUCUUAGAGGAUAUGGUGGUAACCCUGGGUUGGGGAAGAAUUUCCCAGAGUUUAGCACCAAGCUCUCUAGUUGAAAGCAUGGUGGUAGUGGUGGGGAAGAUUAGAUCUUCUUCUUCUUCUUCUUCUACUUCCAUUGUCAAACACAGUGCUCACUCUCACUCUAUGAAUUCCACCAGAUAUCUUCAGAAUUUAUGGACAUGAGAUUCCCUAUAGGGCAUAAUAAACACAGACUUUUCAGAUGAAACAUGAAAGUGUAAUAUUUAUGGGGAGUGGUGGAGAUGUAUGUAUCAUGAUGAUCAUGAUCAUGCGAGUAAAGGAAUGAAGAAUCUUUCUUUACAAUCAGGGGAUUUCAUAGGAAUGUGUUCAAAUUUAUCUAAGCAUAUGGGAAGAAGGGUCAAGGGUCUAGGGGUCUAGGUGGUCCAUAUCUUGGGCCUUUCACUUGGGUUUGAUUUUGGUGAAAUAGCUAGAUGGACAGCCACUUCCAAGAUCACAACAACCAUCACUUUUCUCUUCAUCUUCAAAAGCAAUUUGCUUUCUUCUUUGAAAUUUGAAUUUAAGUAUUGGGGAAGCACCUCGAGCUGGGCUGACAUCAAACCUAAUUUAUUUUUCUGAUUUUUUUUUUUUUUUAAAUUUAUUCAUAAAAAGGUUAGAUACA